GUUUAGUCAGACGGCGAAUGCAGCCAUACAAUCAAUGCUUGUGCAAACUAUUCAAACCGCAUUAAGUAGUCAGCCAUAUUGGGUGACGAUGGUAAAACAUUCAAACCAAAGCAAGUAGUCAGCCACACAACACAACCGCGUCGACAGUAAAAAUUUGUUCUGAAGUAUACCUGUUUCAAAAGAACUGAAAUGAUACACGGGGAUAAUCAGAAAUUUGACCCGGAAAUAGAUCACAUGUAUAUGCCAAGUAAAUGGUCUAAGCGGCACCAAUGCGAACAAAUAUUUUUGACGUACUUAACCAAAGAAUCCAGUGACCUACGGGAUGUAUUGAAAGACUGGGUAGAGGUCGUGCGAUAUGGAAAGGGUCAAAAACAAAUCUUUGAAAUUUUACGGGACCCGGAAGUGAAGGAAGAUGCCCCAAUUAUGAUCUUCUUGCACGGUGGAUACUGGGUCGAAUCAGAUCGGGAGAUAUACCUUAUUUGUGCCGAACCUGCAGCCAAAAGAGGAUUUAUAGGAAUCAUUGUGGGGUAUGAUCAAGCACCAGACGUUUCUCUGACCACAAUUGUCAACGAAAUUCGAGAUGCUUAUUUGUUUCUAUCAAGAAGAUAUACAAAAUGCCCCAGUAUUACUUUAUUGGGUCAUUCAGCUGGAGGUCAUUUGGGGUCAAUGCUCAUGGCUACAAACUGGAAAGAGUAUAAUACGUCUGGAGAAAAAUUAAUUCCAAUUAAAAGACUUGUAUCUUUGGCUCCGGUACUUGACUUGAGGCCAGUCGUUCAUAUUAGCUACAAUUCAUAUCUACAUUUGACAGACGACGAAAUUACAAACUUGAGUCCACUUCAACAAAUUGAAAAUUCUGUUCAUAACAUGAAAAUAUUUGGAACUAAAGUGCUAUCUGUGGUUGGAGAACAUGACCCACCAGUGUUAAAAAAGAAGUCCGGAGAAUAUGCCGAAGCUUUAAAGAAAAAUUCAAUCGACUCCAAAUACUUCGAAAUACCAGGCCUUGAUCACUUUGAGCCAAUAGAACAGAUAAGAGAACCUGAUUCAUUUCUUGCCAAGUGCUUAUUUGACGAAGACGGACCCUUGUGAAGAUAACUUCGAAAUUUGUAAUGAUGCAUGUACAAUAUUGCUGUAAAUUUAGGGCUCAGGCAAUUUACAAGACUCAUAUUACAAUAAAAUAUUUCUCAGGGGGAGAAGACACAACAUUCAAAGUCCAAAAGUGAUUUUAUGAAUUCCAUUUUAAUUUGUUCUAGAGUUAUGCAAUUCUCAAAGAGUGAUAACUGAUUUGGGUGCUUUCUAUGCAUUUAUGAAUAUUCAAUCAUAUUCGAGAAUGAGAACUUUAUACAAAUCGAAGUUUUUGAUACUAUUACCCUCUUCAAAAUGAUCAUAUUGAAGUUCUAGUUAGCAAUAAAUAUUUUAAUCGGA